GAAUUUGAAAACUUCAAUCGACGACGCAUAUUGAUUUGACGAGAAGAUAUCAAAGUGAAGUGAAGUGAAGUGAAGUGUGGUGUUUUUGAUAAAUUUGGGUUGUGUUGUGUUGUGAUUUGUAGAAGUGGGUUGAGUGCUGAGUGCUUUGAGGGUUGGGGUUUUGUUUGAGAGAGAUUGGGGUUGGGAUUGGGAUUGAAAAGAGAAAGGGAAAAGGAAAGGGAGAGGUGUAAAAAUGACGUCGGAAUUUAUAACGAAUGAUGGUGUGGCUAUUGCGUAUAGCGAUACGGAUAUUCAGAAUGAGGAAGGAUUGGAGUGUUUGAUUCUUUUGCACGGCUUUACUGGUUCCAAAGACGUUUGGCAAAAGAAUAUACUUGCCUUGCGCAAAACAUACCGUGUUAUUGUACCGGAUCUGAGAGGUCAUGGAGCCAGCCAGAAACCAAAACAUGGAUAUCAUGUUAGCCGUCUCGCGAUGGAUUUGCAUGAACUCACGCAGCACAUUAUCGAUUCAUCGGCUACCAGCCAAAAGGGUACUCGGGGAGACAAAAAGUUUCUUGCGAUUGGUGGUAGUCUCGGAUGUGCCAUCUUGUGGAGUUAUGCUGAACUUUUUGGAACGGUACUGUUCAGGAAAAUGAUCUUUGUGGAUCAGAGCCCGCUCCAAAAUUCUACCUUGGAUGGCUGGGAUAGCCGUUUUUGCAAUCGUGGGAUGAAUAAUCCGUGGGCGAUUGCUUCGCUUCAGAAAACGUUGGAGUUGGCGCCGGAAAUUGCGCAUCGUGGAACGAUUGCUGCUUGUUUGGGAUAUCGAUAUGCACCGAUUGAAUCGGAGAAAGGAGUUAGGACCCAGGAGGAAAUGGAUAGUGAUGAGGCUUUUUUCUUACGAGAGGCACUUAAGGGAAAUGGAAGAUGGUUGGGGAAACUUAUGGAGGAUCAUACAUCGAAAGAUUGGAGAGAUAGUAUUCGUGCUUGUUUCGGACCGGAAAGUGGAAGUGAGACGAAGGUUUUAGUUGUGGGUAGUAGUAGGAGCGGAUGUUUUCCUGCAGAAGGAGUCAUGAAGAUUGCGGAGUUUGUAAAUGGUGGAGUGGAAGCUGAUGGAGAGAUUAAAAAAGGGAAGGCACGAGGUGUAGUGGUUGAUUGGGGUGGUCAUUGGUGCUAUUGGGAGGACCCAGAUAAGUUUAACACCUUGGUAUUGGAAUUCUUAGGAGAGAAUUAAAAGAUGAAAUAGGAAGGUACGAACAAACGAGUAUGGUAAAAUGGAAGGAGCAGAUAUCAUGAAAGGAAAUCACAUGUUUAAAGUUAGUCCUGCUCUUGUCUCAAGAGUGUUCAUCAAUCGAACACCCUUCAAUUGUCAAAUCCAAUUCAACAAUUACGA